UUUAAUGUUAUCUGAAAGAAAUCCUUACAAAUAAGGCGAACAGUGAAGAUAAGUGACAAAAACGAUGACUGCUGUUAUAGUACGUGUGUCUUUAAGAGAGGUGUAGGAGAUGCUCUGUUCACAGUGUCGCUAUAAGUGAGUCAGGAGUCAAUUCAUUUUAACCGAAUCAGCGGAAGCCGAGUCACACUCAUUCUGCCUGUGGAGCUAAAAGUUGUCGGAUGGAUGGAUGGAUGGAUGGAUAGAUAGAUACUUUAUUGAUCCCAAAGGAAAUUGAGGCCUCAGUAGCAAGUUACAUAAAUCAAGUCAAAAAACCAAGCCAAGUGUCUACCUCUUCCUCUCCGCCAUGGCCUCCAAACCCCACCCGCCGCUCAUGAAGAAGCACAGUCAGACUGAUCUGGUGAGUCGCCUCAAGACCCGGAAAAUCCUCGGCGUCGGCGGAGAAGAUGAUGAUGGAGAGGUGCACAGAUCAAAGAUCAGUCAGAUGUUGGGGAAUGAAAUAAAGUUUGCUGUGCGAGAACCCAUCGGUCUCAGACUUUGGAUCUUCAUCUCUGCACUGUUGUUCACAGCUAUGUCUUUAGUGUCUCUGGCCUUCCCCAGUCAACUCUAUGAGAUGAUAUUUGAGCUCUCAACCAGUAGGAUCUCCAUCCGACUCUUUGGAGGGGCCCUUUUAAGUAUCUCAUUAAUCCUGUGGAACGGCCUUUACACUGCGGAGAAAAUCAUCAUUCAGUGGACACUGCUUACUGAAGCAUGCUACUUUGGUGUACAAUUCCUAGUGACCACGGUCUCACUUGUAGAGAUGGGCAUACUGACCACAGGAGCUGCUCUGUUUCUUCUCAGCGAUGCCCUCUUCCUUCUCAUUACCCUCCUGUACUACCACCAGCUCACCCGUCGGGCCAAGAAGAUCUAGAUCUAAGACAGACUGAUUUAGUUCUACAGUAUGUCGGCUUUAGUGUCUGAAGUGACUGGUGGGUACACAUGAUGGAAUUUGCCAGUUUUUAGCCCCAGUCUGUCUCUUUGUGGUAAAUGAAUAAUUAUUGCAUUUGUGUGAUGACGGUUCUUACUGGUCUGCUUUCAGCAUUGCCUUUUUCUCCCAGUAAUUACUGUCCUUAUUCACUCCAAGUUGUUUUUAAGUUCCUCGGCAAGUUGUUCUGGGCUUUUCCAGACAAGCUGUUUUGAAUAUAAAUAUGCCUCUUUUUAAAUUAGUUUCUUUAAGCAUAUAAGGAUGCAGUUUGUUCAGCUGAUGUGUCAUUGGGAAAAACUCUUAAUUAUUGAUUAUCAUUGUUGACCGUGGGCUGAACAAAGUUGUGAAGAAAGUAACAGCUAUUGGUAAAGCUUACAUGAUUAAUCUCGAUGGCUAAAUUUGUGGACACCUCUCCUUAUUGUGUUUGGGUAAGAAGGUCCCCCGCUUUUUAUCUCGCAAUCUAGUCGUUCCAAAUUCCUGAUUGCCACUUGCACAACCCCCGAUCUGAUCAAAGAGAGUCGGAUCACACACCCCCCCCACAGCUCUAGCAUGACAGAAAUGUGAUAACUCACUUGUUGGAAGUGUGGUAUCCUCUGAUGGUGUCAAUUUCAAUAAAGUCAGUAAAUUCUUUGAAAUGAUUUUACUUUAAUCCAGAUUCAAAUU